GUCUGUGUGAGCGAGCUUCGACAACCCACUCCCGACAAGACACCCGUACGUUACCCUCCCCCUCUUUUCUCCUUUCCAAACCAGAUCGACUCUCUGACUUUCCACAGAGCAAUCCGUCAAAAUGGUCAAGAAGCGGGCGAACAACGGUCGUAACAAGAAUGGCCGCGGCCACGUCAAGCCCGUGCGCUGCUCCAACUGCGCUCGCUGCACCCCCAAGGACAAGGCCAUCAAGCGCUUCACCAUCCGCAACAUGGUCGAGUCUGCUGCCAUCCGUGAUAUCUCCGAUGCCUCCGUCUUCGCCGAGUACUCUGUCCCCAAGAUGUACCUGAAGCUCCAGUACUGCGUUUCCUGCGCUAUCCACGGCAAGAUCGUUCGUGUCCGUUCCCGUGUUGGCCGCCGCAACCGUGCUCCUCCCCCACGGAUUCGCUACAACAAGGAUGGCAAGAAGCUGAACCCCCCUCAGGCCGCCAAGGCUAUGUAAAGGAGAGGAAACGCCAUUCAAUCCAGCAAAAUAAAAAUGGAACUAGUCUGAAAUGAAUCUUUUUAUUUUGUUUUCCUUUCCCGCUGUGGUGCUCUUGAACGACGGAUAUCUGUGGCAUUCCAGCUCGACAGGCUAACUGCUGCAACGAAAAUGGAGGAUACGGCACUAGGGUGUUCGACAAAAAGAUGCUCGAUUCUGUGGAUAGGGGUGCGCAAUCAUGAAGGGCGAUGAGGAUCUCUUCUCGUCUUUCAACGUGCUUUCUCUUCGCGUUUCGCAGUGUCUUGUGCCCCUUCGAUGUAUGAGAGCCAAAUUACGAUGGCAUGUGCAUGACUGGAGGCAAGGAUCAGUCUGCUUCGUUGCAGACUAGAAAAAUACCAAAAAUUCUCUUAAAAAAAUCA